CAACUCACAGACAGGCCAUCAGACAGACUGCCAGACAGACAGACAGACAGACAGAAGAAGACUGCUCGACCAUAAUGCAUUCAGCUUCGAAGAAUCGAGUUUUCAUGCUGCCCUGCCUGCUGGGUGUGUGUGUGCUGCUACUGAUGGGGGCACAGGGGGCUCCCCAUACCAAGGGCGGGGGCAAGAGGGCGAAGAAGGACCAUGCCAGCGUCUACCUGCUCCUCAACACCAGCAUGGCGGACAGCCCACCCAUAUUGGCCGUCAACAACAGCUCUAUGUCUCCCUGGGAGUACAGCUUCUCCCACGAUGACAACCGGUUCCCCCCGGACAUCGCCGAGGCCCGGUGCAUCUACACGGGCUGUUUGACCCGCAGCGGGGAGGAGGAUCUGGACAUGCAGUCCAAACCCAUCCAACGGCAGAUCCUGGUGCUGAGGAGAGUGGCUGGCGAGAAGGGAGACUACGUCUUUAAACUCGACUACAAGACCGUAGCCGUGGGCUGCACCUGCGUUCGCCCCCUUGUCCUCCACCAAUAGACACAGAGGGAAAACAAACAAACAAACAAAUACCUCCUUUCGGCUCUGUGGUGUUGAGAUGUUGCUUAUUUUAUUACCGACUACUUUUUAGCGUUUUUAAAGUUAAUAUUUAUUUCAUUUCAAUGAAUGUAUGGAUUUUGAACUACUCUAUUUAAUACUGAUUGUGUUGUAAACUGUCAACAUUUGGCUGGGUUAUUUAUUUAAUAAAGUGUUCAGUAUUUAUCUCAGACUGUGUGUGAGUCACUUCAGAAAGCAGAAAGCUUUUGCUCCGUAGCUCAUUUGAACCUCUCACUACUGGGCUCUGUCCAGGAGCACAACAGAGAGAGAGACGGCACUGACAGCCAAAUCUAUGACAGAUUAUCCUCCAUCCUUCUGAUAAGCAGUGAAUGAUCGUGACAUGACAAUGGGCAGGUCCUCUGCAUCCUCUCCUCUCGGCCUACAGUUACUGUGUGUGCCAACCAAAGUCGUGAGGGAUAAGAAUCGUCACCGUGGCGACGGAGAAAUUCAGUUCUGUCUCAGCAGAUGGCCCCUUAGAGCUUCAGAAGUCGACGAGACAAGACAAGGCUGUGUGUGUUGUGUCUUGUAGACAACGUCACUGGAUAUCCAGCUUCAUUUUUCUGUCGUAUAAAUCCAGGGCUUAAUUUGUGAAUAGCAAUUAAUCCCUCCGUCCAAAGGCGCAUCCAAGCACGAUCCAGCCUUUUCCUUUUGCAAGCUGGCUGAAGCACAAAAAUAACUUUUCUGGGA